CUGCUGCAAUAAUCCUCAGUGAGUGGUUGACCGUGCAGACCAGCAUAUAAAGGGGAGCCAUGGUCACUAUGUCCUUCAGCUCCUCUUCUCCUUCUGAGCUCACCGAGUAGGUUGCCGGCAACCUUACUCUUUAUUUGACGACUCGCGUUCCUUCCGUACUCGUAACGACCUAGUGCGCAAGGAUCAGAUCAUCAUGCGUUACCCCGCCCUCGCCUCUGCCGCCCUUCUGGCCACGACGGCAGGAACCACCCUCGCCCUCCAAGUCACCAGUCGCUCGACUCAGGACGCCCUGAUAACGGAGCGCGGCUACCACGAUGACCUCGUGUCUCGAGACCUGGAAGUGCGCACCCUAGAGGCACGUCGGCGAAAUAAGCCGCCCCCUCCUCCUCCACCUCCGCCUCCGAACACCCCUACUGGUACUAAUGGGCGCCGCCGCGGACGGAGGCCGAGGGACUACCACGAGAUCGUCGAACGUGGCCUUGACGCGCGAGGGCACCCCAAGCGCCCGCCCCUACGCCGCCCUCCGCCUUACACUCCUCGGCCGCGGCCUUUCACUCCUCCUCCCAGCCCGCCGCCAUCACCUCCCAUGCCGCAUCCGCCUCCGCCGAACAUUCCGGGGAGGCACCACAGACGCCGUAACGACUACGAGUGGGUUGUCCGCGAAUUGGACUUCGACGAUGGCGAACUACUUGAACGCAGCUGGGAGAUAGAUGAGCUUGACUGAGCAGCAGUGGACUGUUGACUAGUGAUGUACAGUGGAACGUGAAGAAUAACGAUCAUGUGUCUAGGGAUUGGCGAGGACUAGCGGCUUUUGACAUUCAAUACAGACAUGAUAAAGAC